GAAAGGUAAGAUAACAUUUUUGUGAAAAGUUGACUCACGCACGUGUCCCAAAAAACAAAAAUCGAUUCUCUGAAAGUCUCGCACCAAAUUUUCCAUCGUCAAAGAAAAUGAAAAGAACAAACCCUAGAUUAGAAAGCAUGCAUUUUGUGUGAGUCUGAGUCCUUGUCGCAUCGUUCCAUUCAAGUCACAACUCAACAACAAGACUAUAAUUUCAUUUUGUUGUUCCUUUUCAACAAUGCUCGACAAACAUGAAAUGAGUAGUAUGUCCGAUUUUCUCGAAGAGAGCAGUGUUCGAGAAAAGAUGAAGAGAAAAAGGAAAAAUGAGGAUGAAAAUGAUGAAAGUGAAGGAAAUGAAGACAGAUUGAGUGACUUACCCGACGGCGUACUCCUUCACAUUUUGUCAUUUUUGAACACCAAACACGUGGUACGAACUUGCGUUCUGUCCAAAAGAUGGAAACAUCUUUGGAAACGUAUUCCUACCCUUAUAUUGCAUUCGUCGAGAUUUUCCACCGUUAAGCAAUUUUCCAUAUUCGUGUCUAAUAUUUUGACUCGUCUUGAUAACUCAACUGCGCUGCAUGCUCUUGAUCUUAACCGCCUUGGUAAUAUUGAGCCUCAAAUCCUUAAAAAGAUAUUAAACUAUGUUUCCUCCCAUAAUACCCACAUCCAGGAAUUAGGAAUCUCUGUCAGUGCUGAUAGUAGUCUCAUUAUGAGUUGCGUUUCUUCAUGUCAUGCUCUUACAUCUCUGAAGCUUUCAAUUUACCCUAGAGAUAGAUAUGAUUUUGAUUCUGGAAUAUUAUUUCCUAAAUCUUUGAAUUUGCCAGCAUUGACCAGCUUAAAUCUAUCGAACUUUGUCUUCUGUGGUGAUGAAAAUGGUCGUGCUGAGCCAUUUUUGGCCUUUACCAAACUAAAUAGUUUGGUCAUUGGUAGUUGUAAGGCUAGGGAUGCACAAAUCCUCAGCAUAUCUAAUGCAACCCUUGUCAAUUUAGCUAUGCAUAAUAGUUCACGACCUGCCUUUGCCAAAAUCGAGCUAUCUUCCCCAUGUCUUCGUACCUUCACUUUUAAUGGUAGACCUGUUCAUAAAAUAUGUGGAAGUGGCCUUUCUUCUGUUAAACAAGUAAAUAUUACUGCACAAAUGUAUUCAGUUAAUGAUAUGUCUCAUAUGGUUCUAUUCAGCUGGCUGCUAGAACUUGCCAAUGUACAAUCCUUGACAGUUUCUUCGACUACUCUUCGGAUUCUCUCCCUAGUUCCUGAUUUAUUGGAUAUCGAGCUCCCUUCUCUGUGUCACUUGAAGUCAAUGAAAAUAAAAUUGGAACCAUCUGAAGUUCAGUUGGGAUUACCCCUCAUACUGGAACAAGACAUGUUAAAGAAAGCUGCUGCUAAGUCACGUAAAGAAGUUGCCAAGUUACGAAAAGCAUUUAAAACAGGUUGGCAACUGCCUUCCAUACCUGAAGGAAUAGUCAACUUCUUGCUUCAAAACUCACCGUCUGCAAAAGUUGACAUCACAACUUAUUAGUGCUUGUUGAAGAGUUUAUCCAACAUAAUGUGCGUUUCAAAUUGUGUCUUGUGCAGGAAUCAUUCGGCAUAAAAGCAACUUUUCAUCAUGUUCAUCUGGUGUUAUCCAUAGUCAGCAGUGUUGUCCUUUUGUUAUGGAUGGGAUCCUGAAUUGCUGUUUUCCCAUUCUGUGUUUUAGUGUGUUUCAUGUUAAGCCAUGUGUUGGUUUUAUUCAGUAUAAAAGUGGUUUUGCAUCUUGCUCUCAGUUCGGGUGUGGCGAGCCUUUUUAAGAAAUGCAGGUCAGUUGUUGUGGCAGAAUCCAAGUUGGUAUUCUGCAUAACUUUGCAGGUCAGAGUAAAUACUAUCUCCAGCUUGAAAAUUAUUUUUUAGAUGAAGUGGCGUGGCUAGUUGCAGGUGUUGGAUGAAAAUUAUUCUGCAUAACAUUGAUGUUUAUUGAAGGAUUUAUGUCAUGAUUUGAAUGUUUUGUUGCUUUUGUCUUUGCUUUGUACUACUUUUCAUUCUGGUAGGUCUCGUGUUUGGACGUAAUUUUCAAUAUAUAUGAAGGGUUGUAAUUGUAACAAUCCAUAAUAUCUACCUCUAGAAGAGCUGGAUCCUUCAAUAUUAUUGUUCAUUUUUCUUUUGUAAAAAAUAAAAUAAGCGAUGAAAGUUUAUGUUUAAA